AUGGGUCAAUACACAUUCACUUGGGACCACCCCGCCCAAGAAGUCUACGUGACGGGUGACUUCGACCACUGGUCCAAGUCUGUCAAGCUAGACAAGCACGGUGACUCUUUUCGCAAGACCAUCACUCUGCCCGGCGAGGAAAACAAAAUCCACUACAAGUUCGUUGUCGACGGAAACUGGACAACCGACUCCACUGCCAAGCAGGAAACAGAUGCCUCGGGCAACGUUAACAAUGUCGUCGAAGCCAGAGAGCUGAGCCCCGAGCCCGAAGAACGACCAUCCCACGCAUUCAUCUCCUCGGUGCAUCCUCAGUCCACCACUGCUGCUCUUGCUGGCGAGGUACCGCUUGAAAAGGAAAGAAACGCCCACGCCGAGCAGAACGUCGACAACGAGACGAGCUUUCCCCAGGAGACUCCCGGAUUCGAGGAUCUGCCCGGCCAAUUCCCCAUUACACCUAUGGCUGACCUUAACCAGUUCACCGUGAACCCCAUUCCUGCUACUGAGGGCCCUUCCAACCCCGUCAAGCUCGCCCCUGGUGAGCCCGUUCCCCACCCCAGCACUCUGACCUCCAACACCGUCCACUCUACCGUGCGCGAUGAUCCCGAGCUGAAGAAGGCCACCACAUCGUCCACUGAUGGUGCCAACGAGCCUCGUGACCGUGAGCUCAACGAGAAUGAUCUGCCCGGCGCCUACGCACCAUCCACUGCUCGGGAAGAAGAGGAGGACACCAAGGCUUUCGGCGUCAACCCCAUCCCUGCCACCGCUGGUAUCGGCAACCCCAUCAAGCUCGCUCCCGGCGAGCCUGUUCCUCACCACAGCAAGAUCACCUCGAACACCGUUCAGUCGACCGUUCGUGAUGGCUCCCGGUACGGUGUUAGCGACACUGGUGCUCCCGUCCUCCCACCAGUCCUUGAUUCUCAAAGCGAGGCUGAGGCAAACGGUGCUUCCAUGUUCAACCUACCCGCUCUCGGUGGUAACAUGAUCCCCGAAUCCAGCCUCCCCAUGGGUGAUGGUAACAACAAUCGCCUGCCCGACUUCGACAACGCUUUCACCUCUUCCGUUGCUCCUCAGAGCACUACCGCUCAGCUUGCCGGCCAAGUCCCCCUUGAGCCCCGCAGCACACGUGGUGUUCCCGAGGUCGUGUCAAAUAGCCAACAGUCCGCUCAUGUCAGCCCCGAGGCCGCUUCUUCUUCCAAGGCUGUUCAGAGCAAGCACGACGUUGAGGAGGAACUGAAAGAGAAGGUCCCCGAGGCAAACACUACUGCUGAGUCUGCUCCUGUCACUGGCGUUCCUGAGAUCGUUUCUCACAGCCAAGAGUCCGCCCAUGUUGGUCCUGAGGCUGCUGCAAACCCCGAGGCUGUUCGUGAGAAGGCUGCUGUCGAGAGCGAGUUGAAGCAGACAGUGUCUCCUGGUAACAACAACGCUUUUGUUGACCGUAGCCCUGUUGCUGAUGCUGCUUCGGGCGUGUCACAAACUGCCUCGAACGCUGCUUCCACCGUAUCACAAAAUGCUUCCAACGCCGCACAAGCUGUUUCUGACUCUCACGUCCCUGAGGCAGUCGCUGGUGGUCUCGCUGCUGCUGGUGCUACCGCCAUUGGCGCUGCUCUUCUUGCCAAGGACAAGCUCUCCGAGGCCUACCAGCACGCCACUGAACCUACUCCUGCAUCUAAGGAAGUUCCUGAUGUCGUCGCCGAGAGCCAGGAGCGCGCCCACGCUGAUCCUGAAGCUUCCGCCUCGCCCGAAGCCGUUCGUGAGAAGGCCGCAUUCGAGGAUGAGCUGAGACAUUCCAUCCCUGAGGCCCCUGCCACCUCUGAAUCUGGUGUGCUAGGUGCUAGCGAAGGCGGUCUUACUGGCAAGAUUGCUGCUGGUACUGCCGCGCUUGGAACUGCUGCUGCUGGUCUUGCAUAUGCUGCCAGAGACAAGGCUACCGACGCCUAUGAGAACGCCACCAAGGAGCCCACCAUUGACGGCUCUGUCCCCGAGAUUGUCAGCGAGAGCCAACAGCGUGCUCACGUCGAGCCCGAGGCCUCUGCUUCUCCCGAAGUCGUCUGUGAAAAGACCGCUAUGGAGGGUGAGCUUCUCUCCGAGGUUAACAAGGCCCCUGCCACUUCCGAGUCCGGCGUCUUCGGUAGAAGCGAGCAUGGAAUUGCUGAGAAAGCCACUACUGGUGCAGCUGCCGCUUCUGUUGCCGUAUCCACCCAGGCAAACAAGGCUUAUGAGUCGGUUGGCCUGUCUUCAUCUACUACCACCAGAGACACUACCGAGCUGGAGUCUGGUUCUGAGCAGGUUCCUGAAGUUGUACAGGAGAGCCAGGAGAGAGCCCAUGUCGAGCCCGAGGCUUCCGCCAACCCCGAAGCUGUCCACGAAAAGCAUGAUAUGGAGAGCGAGCUCCUUUCUCAAGUCAACAAGGCACCUGCCACCUCCGAAUCUGGUGUUCUUGGCAACAGCGAGCAAGGAAUUACCGGUAGAGCUGCUGCUGGCAUCACUGCUGGCGUUGCUGCUCUUGGCGCAACUGGCUCAGGUGCUGCUUAUGCUGCUCGUGACAAGGCUUCUGACCUGACUAGUAGAGACCUGAACACCAGCGAAAAGUCGACUCAAUUGGCUUCUGGUUCUCAGCAAGUUCCUGAGGUCGUCCACGACAGUCAAGAGAGAGCUCACGUCGAACCUGAGGCUUCUGCUAACGCUGAGGCUGUCCACGAGAAGUCCGAUAUGGAGAAGGAAUUGUUGUCCAACGUCCACAAGGCACCUGCCACUUCGGAGUCUGGCAUUCUCGGCAGCAGCGAGCAAGGUGUCACUGGCAGAGCCGCUGCCGGUCUCACCGCUGGUGCCGCAGCUAUUGGCGCAACUGCCGCAGGUGCUGCCUACGCCGCUCGCGACAAGGCUUCUGACCUGACCGGCAGAGAUCUUGGCGCUACUGAGAGAUUUACUGGAUUGGACUCCACAUCGGAGGUUCCUGAGGUUGUUCACGAGAGUCAGGAGAGAGCUCACGUCGCACCUGAAGCUUCAGCUAACGUUGAGGCUGUCCACGAGAAGUCUGACAUGGAAAAGGAGCUCCUGUCUCAUGUCCACAAGGCACCUGCCACAUCUGAGUCCGGUGCCCUUGGUAACAGCGAGCAAGGAUUGACAGGCAGAGCUACUGCUGGUAUUGCCGCUGGUACUGCCGCGCUCGGUGCUACCGCUGCCGGAGCCGCCUAUGCUGCUCGUGACAAGACUGUCGAGACCACUGGCAGAGAUCCUACCUCUUUCCUCCCUCCAUCAGUCGCCGACGCCAUUAACAACAUGAACCAUGGCCUUCCUUCUGCCAACACUUCGCUCGCUUCGCCCGACGUUCACUCAUCGGUCCCCGAGGCUGUCCUUGAUUCUCAGCACCAGGCCCACGUUGCACCUGAAGCCUCUGCUGAGCCCGAGGCUGUUGCUGAAAAGAGCGAGGUUGAGAGAGAACUGCUCGAUCGUGUGCCUCGUACUCACGAGGCUGGCGAGCCUGCACCCACCGAAACUGCUGCGUUGAGCGCCACUGCGCCCGUCGCACGUACCGAGCCUUCUGACAUGGAGUCCGCCGUUCUUGCUGCUGGUGGUGGCCCUGCUGCUACUGGUGUCACCGCUGUCAGCGGCAUUCAAAAUGUCAAUGCCACUCCUGUCACCGCGAUUGGCUUGGACGCUCCUGCCCAGAGCCAGGCCCAGAUUCCUCCUGUCGGCGCGACGCCUAUCUAUAACGAGAUAACAUCCGCCAAUGUGGAAAACACCGGCCUGAAUGCUCCUGCCGAGAGCCAGGCCCAAAUUCCCGCUCCCGUCGAAUCCGAGAAGCUCGCCGCUCCCACUCUCGAAGCACCUAAAGAGCACUCACGCGACGUUNNUUCCCCCAUGACUCGCCCUGACUCGUCCAAGCAAACAGAGCCUCAAGUCACUACUGGUCUUGAAACCCACAGCGUACCUGCCACAGCUGGCAGCGCACCCACCACACCCCAGAGAAACGCCACCAAGAGAUCUAGUGGCUUCUUCCGUGGCACACCUCAGAGCGACCGCACUAGCGUUGCCGGAUCCUCCAAGGCUGACGACGACGGCAAGGGUUCCAAGAAGAAGGGCUUCCUUGCCAAGCUCAAGGAAAAGUUCAGAGGAUAG